UCCUGAAAGGGAAAGUGUUCUUGUUCAAUCUCGCAAAUAACUGGUCCAUCACGAGUGGGAAAGUAAGGACAUAAAUCUGGUAGUAGUGGAAAGUCAACUUUCAGUUUGUUUUGAUUUGAUUUUAGAAUAUUGUAUUGAUAAUGGAGAUCAUAGAACAUGUGAGAUCUUUCACAAACUUCUUGGGAGGCACAAGAAACAGCCUUGGACCUAGACUUUUCAUACUACUGAAUUUGGUGAUACAGGUCGAUCAGCUGUUUUCAAUGUACAUCAACUGGGACAUAUUUGUAAAGCGACUAUUGGCAAUCAAAGAGUUUAAUUCAGCACUUUUUGCCAUUUUCGUUUGCUCAUCACUGGACGAUAUUUCUUCCUUGUGCAAUAUGGCUGAAAAGCUGCUGAAAAAAGAAAAGUUUUUUCAGAAAAACGGUGAAAGCUCGAAUAUAACCUCAGGAAAAACCAUGCAUCAGAAGUGGGACAUAACCUCAAAAUCUACGAACAACAUGGAGGAUUGCCGCCAAAAUUUGAACAUGACCUCAAACCGGUUAAUGGCAAACUUUCAUCAGAGAACAGACCAAACCUCAAAAUAUGUUACAGAUUCUUGUCCAAACUUGGAGAAACCCUCAAAAUAUACAUCAAGCAUGGAAGAGGUGGAUCAGAAGUCUGACAUAACCUCAAAAUGUUUAGAAAACAUGGUAAACAUUGACCGCAGAUUGAAAACAAUUCUGGUUUCUCUCAUUUUGUUUUCCUCAGGGCUACCAAUUGUUUUUGCCUGUCUGAUUACACUCUUGAGAGACCGUAGCAAAAUCAACAUAGAAAAGAUGCCUUUCAUCAUCUACAUGCACUACCCAGAAGGAUAUAAAACUCUUGAAAUCUAUUUUAUGAGUCUGUUUUUGCAGCUAGUUUGGUAUGCCACCAUGUUGUCCUAUGUUUACUGUGCUAGUGUAGCAUUUGCUUUGGCUUCAAUCAGUCUCUGUACUCAGAUGAAACUGAUUUGUCUGUCACUGUUUGAAGUUGGCAGCAGUGGAAGUUCCAUUUUGAAAUCGGAGACAGUUGGCAGGACUGGCUGUGAUGAUAGCAUUGAGAUGUCGCACUUGAAACAAAUUAUAAGAGACCAUCAGGAGGUUUUCAAUGAUUUUCUGGAACUCAACAAAAGAUCGAAGAUUUUCCUGUCAGCAUUCAUUAAUAUACUGGCCAUACAAAUGUGCUGUUAUAUAUUCUUCAUAAUAGAGUUGGAGAACGUUUCAGCAAAAAUCAAAUAUUUGGCAACGUUACUGCUCGUUUUCUCACUGAUGUUCUACUUCUCUACAGUUGGACAAAAACUGACAGAUGAGAGUGGCAACGUAGAACUGGCUCUAUGGGAAUGUCCCUGGACCGAUAGAUCGAUGGAAUUCAGGAAAUGUAUUCUAAUGAUGAUGACAAGAGCUUCUAGAAAAGUUUUACUAAGGCCUUAUAACCUAUAUGUGGUGGACUUCAAAUGCAUUACAAAUAUUGUGAAUGCAACGUAUUCUUAUUUCAACUUGAUCUCAAAUUCGAAAUGAUGUCUCAAAAAAGUUGACAAAUUAAUAUUUGGAAAUUCAGAAAAAUUGGGAAUAUUGACGACCAUUCAAUGGAUUAUUAUAUUGAUUAAAUGAGUGGUUGACUACAAAAUGACAGGGAUAAACAACAAUAAUAAUUAUAUUAUCUAUGAUUUCAACAAAAAAAAAAUGAUAACUUAUAUAUCACUUUUUAAUAAACUGUAAAAAUUCAACU